UCAGCCUGGAGUCCACAGGGGGAAGAGGAAAAUGAGAGGUUUCGCGCAAGCAACAGGAAAACCGCUAAGAACACAUUCCAGGCAGAGCAGCAGCCCCUGAGAGGGACAAUAAGGGGUGGGACAACCAACCACUGUACGCCGUCUACAAAAUCUACAAUCUCCUCAAAGAUCAGCAACAUCGACAACAACCAAAGUGCGCUUACUUUGAUGGAAAAGACUAAUUUAUCCUGUCGCGUCUUGUGGAGCGAUCCAAGCGGCGGAAGAGCGCGCGUCUGGAGCCCAAACCGCGGUUCGUGUCGUAGUUUUAUCAGUUUAGAUUUGGCUGGAGAUGAGAUAGUCAGCGGCUGUCAAGAAAAUCACAGUGCCACUUGAUUUUUAUAAAAGCUUUCAUUGCUGCAUGUUGCUGCUGGCCACAUGUAACCGAAUCUUCAGACUUUUUUUUUUUCUUAAUUUGAAGACAAACGCGGACCAAAGUUUUACCACAAAUGUCGCUUUGUCGUUCUCCACGUCAGAGAGGAUGUGAGGGACCAAACAUCUGCAGCUGGGACGACUAACUCUUGUCUUUUCUUGCGACAUGACAGUGGUCUGAUCGUGAACUUACCCGUUUUUUUAGAGCCAAAUUGGAGAUUGCGAGGUAACUUUGAUAUGGGAAACGUGCGGCGUUCAUGUGCGUCAAGUUAAAGAAGAAAAUACUAAACAGAGAUGGAUCACUCUGCUCUGCUCUCAGUGGCAGUAACUGCAGUUCUUCUGUGGAUUGCAGCUACUGAAACAGGUGCCAUGGAAGAGGAGAAGCUCUUGUGUACAUGUGAGAAUAAAAAGGACACUUGUGUGAACGGGACCUGCAGGGGGGAUUACUGCUUCUACAUGUGGGUGCACGGUCUGGAGGAGAGGGGCUGCUUCUCUGCACACAACUACAGGGAGCAGUGCUUUACCAGCUUUGAACGCUUUUUUGUGUCAUGCUGCAAAGUCAAUAUGUGCAAUACCUACAUGACGCCACCUCCCAGUAUUGAUGGAGUGGUGACCACCAGUCCCCCGGUACCAGCUCGCCCAGAGCUGUGGAUUGCAAUAUCUCUCCUCCUCUUGAUUGUGGCAGUGUGUGUGUUCUGUGUGGUUUUGUUCCUUCGUUUCCGCCGCACUCACUGUAAACUCAAGAACUCUGAUGAUCAUGAUGUUACUAUGCUGAAAGUACCACAUGGGGAAGACCCAACAUAUGGAGAUCUCUUUGAUGAGUUCUGUACAUCAGGGAGUGGCACAGGGUUACCAUAUCUAGUCCAAAGAACAAUGGCAAGACAGAUCUCUCUUGUGGAGUGUGUUGGUAAGGGCAGAUAUGGAGAGGUGUGGAGGGGCACGUGGAUGGGGGAGAGUGUAGCUGUGAAGAUCUUCUCAUCCCGAGAUGAGCAGUCCUGGUUCAGAGAGACUGAGAUCUAUAACACUGUGCAGCUGCGGCAUGACAAUAUACUUGGUUUCAUAGCCUCUGACAUGACAUCGAAGAACUCAAGCACACAGCUGUGGCUGGUCACGCACUUCCAUGAGCUGGGCUCUCUGUACGACUUUCUUCAGUACAGCAGUCUGGAGCCAGAGAGCUGCCUGAAGAUGUGCCUGUCUGUGGCCUGUGGCCUGGUUCACCUCCACACUGAGAUCGUCAGCUCUCAGGAAAAACCAGCUAUCGCACAUAGAGACCUCAAGAGCCGAAACAUCCUGGUCAAGAGAAAUGGACAGUGUUGCAUUGCUGAUCUGGGUUUAGCAGUGAUACACUCCCAGUCAAAUGACUACCUGGAUGUGGGCAACAACCCUCGAGUGGGCACUAAGCGUUACAUGGCUCCGGAGGUGUUGGAUGAGACAAUUCGAAUGGACGUUUUUGAGUCUUACAAACAAACUGAUAUCUGGGCCCUGGGGCUAGUUUUCUGGGAAAUCAGCCGCAGGACCAUUGUUAAUGGAAUUGUGGAAGAAUAUCGACCUCCAUUCUUUGACUUGGUGCCAUCAGAUCCUAGUUUUGAAGAAAUGAAAAAGGUGGUGUGUGUGGACCAACAAAGACCCAGCUUGCACAACAGGCUGCACUCCCAUCCAAUCUUGGCAGCAACUGUAAAGAUCAUGAAAGAGUGCUGGUUCCAAAGUCCGUCGGCCCGCCUCACAGCCCUAAGGAUCAGAAAGACCCUCUCCAAACUAGACCAUGACAGUGACUACAGUAUUGAAAAACUCAAACAAGAAGUCUAAACCAAAUGGGGAAAAGCCUUAGAAAAGCCUGCAGGGUAUUUAAAGCCUCUAUUGCACAGUACUAGCUGCAUUUCAUUAACAUAUUUAGUGCUAAAUAUGACUAAUGUUGGAACCACGUUAUAUUAAAACCACAUGACUUUGAGGCAAGAGAGUCUAGACUGCCAACACCUGAAGCUAUAUUUUAAUAUGGCAUAUUUUUGGUUAUUCUAACAUUCAAAAGCACAGAUUCGAAUUUCAAAAGUAUCUCAAUUGAUAAAUAGUUUCUACAGCAGCAUACAUAUUUUUAUAUGUUUUUAAAUGUUAUAUUGUAAAUCUCAAGCAAUCAAGUAUUUAUCAAAAAUGUUUAGCACUGAAUUUACUUUUCUGAAUAUAAAAGUACUUACAUAUGAGAGGUUUGUUUAAUAAUAGAAAUGAUGGUUAGCAGGGCACAGUAUAUAUUUGUCUAUGUACAUAUAAGUGUAUUUAAUCAUGAGUGUAAAUAGGAUGUCUAAUAUUUUAUAAUCAGCAAAGGCCACGUUCACCUUUGUACCGCAACAUUUUUUUCUGUACACUGAAAAUAGUAGCUCACCAAUUAUACUGUUGUUAGUAUAAUAACACAAACCACGGAAAGUAAAAAAAAAAAAAAGGGUGAAUAAAAAGUUUUUGUUUUUUUUACCUGU